CGGCAUCAGCUUGACACCCCGAGGUGUGAUUGCAGACACCAAAAACCAGACAACAAAUACAGGAAAUAUUGUUGAUGUGCUAACCAGUUUCUUACCGACCGGCAUUAAGGUUUAUAGUGUGUCCGUUGUGUCGCGCCACGCAGUUGUUGUUUCCACCUCAACAUUGCGCAUAUUUUUGCAUUUCGGUUCAAUCUCCGCUCUGGAUUUUUUUUCGUGUGCAGUGUACACUCUCACUCCAAUUUUUUUCGUGUAAUAAAAACUAGUUGUGCACUAUCCUACCAUAUUUUUUUUUAAACAUAACUACUACAAAACUACAACACCAUUCCCGGCGCUCUCCGGAAAAAUCGGUUAAAAUUACACUUUGAGGGAGAGCAAAAAAAAGAUUUUAAAACUUUUCAGCAGUUUCAAGUGCGUGAAAGUUGGAAAAUAAAAAUAUUUUUCUGUUUGUGAAGUAAAAUAAAAAUGGAUCCCAGUGUUGUACCAAAUGUAUGGAGUGACAUGAAGAUGUGGAUGAAAUGGAAAAGGGGUAAAAAGUCGCAGUGAUACGGCGGCAAAUUGCAAAAAAUUUCUGACGCCAACCCCUUCAACUAUAUAUCGCCGGACAUUGUGAAUUUUAAAUGAAAAAUCUGUGAUUAAUGUAGAAUUUAUGAUGCAUUAAUGUUUAGAGGAAUUUUGUGUUUGAGAAAAAUUCGGGAUUUCACAUUUUCCUCAUUGAAAAAGCUGCCCGUUCGCACUAUAACGUGCGUCCAAUACAUACAGGAAAAUUCAAGAAAAAUUCUCUAGAACAUAAUUUUCCUUGUGAACUGUGUGCAAAAGAACAAAAAAUAAUGUGCUAUGAAUAAAACUAGGACACAUAGUUAAAAUAAAAAAGAAAAAAAAAGGAUUUUCCAAUCCAAGAAAAAAAAUAAAAACGCGUUCGUGUCCAAUUUUCUCAAAGUGGGAAUUUUUGUGAUGAGAUACGAUAUAAUAGAAUCACAUCAGUCUGCCAGAAUAAGCAAUUCUGCCCAAGGAAUGGCUUAUCAUCCAUUCUUGCAACUGUCCCGACCCACUGACUUCAGCGUAUCGUCGCUGCUGACAGCUGGUGCACCACUUCAGGGACAAGGAUCACCACCAUCCUCCUAUUUUCCGGCGGCAGCACUGGCUGCCCUUACGGGCACCGGGCAGACGCCCCAUUCGCACCUCUAUCCCAGUGCCAUACUACCAAAACUCACCACAGCGCCCCAUCCGCACGUCCAUCAUCAGCUAAAUAGUCAGUACACCACUGCCGAGGACGUUGUCCUGGCGUCCGUUGCCCACCAACUACAUCCCGCCAUGCGACCACUACGUACCAUCCAGCCGGAUGACGACGGUGUUGUGGAUGAUCCAAAAGUUACCCUCGAGGGGAAGGAUCUCUGGGAGAAAUUUCACAAAUUGGGCACGGAAAUGGUCAUCACGAAGAGUGGCAGACAAAUGUUUCCUCAAAUGAAAUUUCGUGUAUCCGGAUUAGAUACGAAGGCAAAGUAUAUUUUACUAUUGGAUAUUGUUGCUGCAGAUGACUAUCGCUACAAAUUUCACAACAGUAGGUGGAUGGUAGCUGGGAAGGCUGAUCCGGAAAUGCCAAAAAGGAUGUACAUCCACCCUGAUUCACCAUCAACUGGGGAACAGUGGAUGCAGAAAGUUGUAUCAUUUCACAAAUUGAAAUUAACCAACAAUAUAAGCGACAAGCAUGGAUUUGUAAGUACUACAAUACUUAAUUCAAUGCACAAAUAUCAACCGAGAUUUCAUUUGGUACGAGCGAAUGACAUCCUCAAACUACCCUACUCAACAUUUCGUACAUAUGUCUUCAAGGAGACGGAAUUUAUAGCUGUAACUGCAUAUCAAAAUGAAAAGAUAACACAACUAAAGAUCGAUAACAAUCCCUUUGCAAAGGGAUUUCGUGACUCAGGGGCUGGAAAGAGGGAAAAGAAACAAACACUGAGUACACGCGGAUCAUCGGAUUCAGAUAAAUUAACUCCGGCCAAUAUAUCAACAUCAAGGGGUGGAGCAUUUCUCUUGGAGGGGCGCACGAGGCAUGAUCAGGCACAAAUGGAUGAUGAUGACAAUCUAUUGGAUGUCGUUGGACCAUCACAGAGCCCCCUAUUGCCCCUAGAUCAUCCCAUGCAACUCCCAACGCACCCAAAUACAGCUCAUUGGUUUUCAGCGUGGUUCAAUUUAUCCAGUACGGGAAAACGUUUUUCCGCAUCGUACGAUAUAAAUUCGUACGAUGGCGAACGCGAUGGGAGCGAUUCAAAUUGCUCCGAUUCGGGGAAUGUGGGUGCUUUCACGCGCCCACAGACAUCUGAGAGUCCCCAGGAUGAUGCAACAGCGAAAAAUAGUACAACAUAUCCCUCACCAAACAUCUCACUCGGUCCACCACUGCAUCAGUCGCCACAUUUGCUGCCUUAUCUGUAUCCAACGGGUCUCUAUCCACCACCCCCAAUGUCACUCCUACACACACCUGCCUCCGCCAUUAAUCCCACACUCAAUCCCAGUCUCCUAUUUAAUGCCCAACUUGCCCUGGCGGCACAGCAUCCGGCAUUAUUUGGGCACUACAGCACAGCGGGUCAUACCCCACCGUCGACGUCUGCAAUCACAGCCACCUCCUCGUCAGCCCUCCAUGGACUCACGAAGCACCGUUUCGCCCCGUACAACCUACCGGGGCUCGGGUCAGCCUUUGAUGCUGUCACACCCACAUCCUCAAUCUCAGGUGGACAACGGAGCCUAAGUAGUAGUCCCCGACCACGACCAUCAUCAAUUUCACCCCCAAUGCGACCCCUCUCAGCCUCCUCAACAUCCUCAAAGACGCACACAAUUCAAGUUACAGACGCCCCAUCGACCACACCUCCCGCCCCCGUGUCCAAAACACCAGUGCCAUCGAUCACAACACCACCACCACCACCCCCAACGUCGGGGCUGAAGAGCAUAGAAAAAAUGGUUGAUGGCCUGGAGCAGCCUAAGAAUGACACGGAGACGAAACUCGAACAGUGACACAUACUAGAUAUCAAUGCAGAGGCCAAGGAGGACAUGUGCAUGACAUCACAAGUUUCUUUCAUUCCUGACUUCAACCACGAAUCGUGACACAAUUUGAUCUCAAUCUAAAAAACAUCAAGCAACAAAACUCCCAGAAACCUGAAGGUAACAAUUUUUUCGUAGUAACAACGUUCUAUUCAUUUUAUUUUGAAACUAUUCCUAUCCAAGUGUUGACAAUGAAAUGUGAAGCAAUUAUGGUAAAUCCUUCUUAUCUUUGCCAUUGAAUUGUAAAGAUAUUAUGUAGAAGAAAGAUUUGAGAAGAAAAAUUUAAAACAGGAAGAGACUUAAAGCGCCCUAGUGAACUAGAAUUCUAACUAAUUUAACUAAGCCAGACUUCUAAUAUAAGUUCAGCUGAGUCAGGCUUUAAGAACAACGUCAGAAUAAUUACCGAAUCCUUGUUUCUGAGGCAAAUUUGCAUAGAAAAUUUCCUUUAAGUGAUUAUCCUGUUGGUUCUUACUUUGUCUACUGCUGGACAUUGGCACCACCUUCUGGACUUCUCAAUUUUCUUCUAUCCUGUGUAAUUCUUCUUCUCAAGAAGACCAUCAACGACACUAGCGGCUAUUCUUUUAAGAAAGCUGACUUACCUUAUCCUUAUAUUGUGUUUCUUACAAUUAGCUUUAGAAUCUUCACCAUUUCUCUCUUUCUUACCUUCUAUCCUUCAAAGCUGUUCUUUGCGUUUCUAUUACUGUUUUCCGGCUUUAAAAGAACCCAUUUAUUUAAUCUUUGAUUUAAAUUGUUUAUAAACCAUUAGCUGAUUUUAACGUCGACUUUAUACAAACCUGAAUUCCAUGUGAUAAGCUUUAAUUCGAAGGUCAAGAUUAGGUUUAUCCUUGAAUUUAUCAAAUGCUUUUUACCUUCUUCAAGAUAGUCUUGCAAAAGAAAUCAAACUACUGCAGUAGAUUCUCCAGUAUUGUACCCUGAAAAAUGUCCUAAAUUACCUUUAUCUCUUAUCCUGUAUCCUUAUUUGUGAAUUAGCAACUUCUUUAACUUCUAAAAGAACCCUAAAAUUCUAAUUUUUGUACAUUAAAAUCGUUUGCAACUUCUACUUUUUGCACAAGAAAAUUGACAGAAUCAAGAAUGAAGUUAGCAACAGAUUACUUUUCAAACUAGUUCACUAACUAAUGGCGCUGUAAUCAGUUAAGAUACUUUUCUUCCUAAAUUGCUUCACAAUUUAUUGCAAAACUAAGAUAUUCCUUAAAUCCCUUAUUUCUCCUUAAAUUUAGGUAUUAAAAUUAUUUUGUUGCGAAACCCUUUUCAUUGCGUAAUCUCAUUGAUAAGCAGUAUUGGAACCGAUCACAAAUUCAAGUUGAUUUAUAAGAAAUUUAAAUAUUUCCAAUUCCGUUUUAAUGAAAGAUUUAAUUUUCCUUAUUCGUGGAUGUGCGGGAAAUAUCGAGUCAACUUUGGUUCAAAAACCAAUUAAUUUAGGCGCAUAAGUAUCCUUUUUUUCUUUUAGUUAAACUAAUAUGACCACUAAAUGUCAAGAAGUACUAUGUAUAUGUUUUUUUGUAGGAUUAUUUUUUAAUAAAUUAUUACAAAGAUCGUAUUUGAAAAAUA